UAAAAUAUUCGGAAUCGGUACGUGAACCAUCGGAAGCUUUCACACCGAAAGGCUUUGGAAAAGUGCGUGACGUCACAGGCCGGGUAACAACUUGCGGAGUCGCGGUCAUGGAGGAAGUAAGAGUGUUUCCACUGACCUGUGCAGUGCAGAACUACGCGUGGGGAAAGCUGGGCCUGGAUAGCGAAGUGGCCAAACUGGUGCUCGGCGGGGACGCCUUAGCCGUCAUCCAGGAUGGCAAACCUUACGCCGAGCUGUGGAUGGGCGCCCACCCGAAGGGCGACGCCCAGAUCAAAGACAAUCGGAUCGCGCAGACCACCCUGGGUCAGUGGAUCGCCCACUUCCCAGCGUGCCUGGGCUCCAAGGUCAAGGACACCUUUCAGGGCCAGCUGCCCUUCCUCUUCAAAGUCCUCUCCGUCAACACCGCCUUGUCCAUACAGGCUCACCCCAACAGGGAGUUAGCCGCUCGUCUCCACGCUCAGUUUCCGGAGCACUACCCGGACGACAACCACAAGCCGGAGAUGGCCAUCGCGCUCACACACUUCCAAGGCCUCUGCGGCUUCAGGCCGGUGGAGGAGAUCCUCGGAUUCCUCCAAUCCGUACCGGAGUUCCGCGCUCUGGUGGGCGACGAAGCGGCUCAGGAGCUGCGGGGUAGUGCGGGCGACGCGGGGCGUGCCAGACGGGCGCUGAAGAAGUGCUUCACCAGGAUGAUGAACUGUGAGAAGAAAGUGUUUGUGGAUCAACUCAAUAUGCUGGUCAAGAGAGUCACUGAAGAAGGCGCGGCAGGCAAGGAUACAGCGAGCAGUAACGGCGAGCUGCUGCUCCGCCUCCAUUCGCAGUACCCCGGCGACAUCGGCUGUUUCUCCAUCUACUUCCUCAACCACGUGCUCUUGGAUCCCAACCAGGCCAUGUUCCUUGGCGCCAAUGAACCUCACGCUUACCUGCACGGAGAUUGUAUCGAGUGCAUGGCGUGCUCCGACAACACGGUAAGAGCCGGCCUGACUCCAAAAUACAUCGACGUCAACACGCUUUGCGAGAUGCUCGACUACAGCCCCAGCCCUUCCGCCGCCAAGAUUUUCCCGCCGGUUCAGGACGCCUCGGAUCCUUGCGUCACCGUCUACGACCCCCCUGUGCCGGACUUCACCGUCAUGAGGAUACAUGUGCCAGUUUCCAUGAAGCAGUACACACUGGCGCCCGUCGACAGCGCCAGCAUCCUGCUGGUCAUCGAAGGCGACGCCAGCGCCACCUCGGCCGCCGCGCUGUCAGACAUCAGCCUCAGGCGGGGCACGGUUUUGUUUGUGUCGGCCAACGAGAGCGUGUCGAUGCACGUCACCUCCCCGUCGGGUGUGACCAUGUUUCGGGCCUGCUGCCUCCUGUAGUGGGACCCCUGAGUACGUAGGUGUGGGUGUGUGGGAGGAUGACGAUUGUCGGACGGUAGCUUCCUUAAUGCAAAUCUUUUGUCGGGUGCUUAGAAACACGUGGAAAAGAACCACUUGCACAAUGGUUCAAUCACUUCAACCUUAACGCUAACGCCAGGGGUGUCCAAACUACAGUCGGGGUGUGUGUGUGGGG